GACGGAAGGGGCUCCUCCAAGCGCUUAUGGACCGCCAAAAGGAAGAGGAAGACCGGAAUGUGAUGGAGGCCAUUGUAUGGCUCGGGGAGAACGGGUUUCUGGACGCCCCGAAGAAGAAGUCCGAGGAGGCCAACAACCAGGCCUCGGAGAUGGAUGGCGCCAAGCUGGACGAGCCCCAGGCAGCAGGACCCGAGGGAGCCAUGCCCGGACAGGAAGCCGAUGCCGCUCCAAUCACCGCGUAGCAUAUGCGCAAAGAGUACAAAGAACCAUCGUGCCAUGUACAUAGACUACUUGCUUCUUGUCCACCAC